GGCCGGGCCGGGGCGGGCCGCGCCGCCGCGGGGGAGGUGCCACUGGCAGGCGCGUCUCCUCCUUCCUCGCCGCCGCGGCUCCCUCCCUCCCGCCUGGGUCCGGCGCUGCCCUGCCCGCUCCCGGCGGCCGCGGCCGCUCGGCAGCGCCGCCGCUUCCUGCCGGGGUUCCCCCCCUCCCUCUCCGCUCCGCCGCCACCCGCGGCGCCCCGCCAUGGCGUGAGCGCGGCCAUGGGGCUGGCCCGGCGCCGCCGCCUGCCCCCGGGCGCUGCGCCGCUCCCCCGGGCCCGGACCCCGCGCCGCCGCCGUCGCCGCCGCGCCCCGCCGCGCCCCCGCGGCGCGCUGACCGCCGCCUCUCCUCCUCCUCCGCCCCCUACCGCUGCCGCCGCCCGGCGACGAGCGCGGCCGUAACCCCCCCCCUCCACCCCCGCCCCCCCGCCGCCGCCCGCGCUCCCGCGCCGUCGGGCCCGGCGCGGCCGCCAGCCCCGGCCCGCCGCGGCGCGGCCUCCCCCGCCAUGUGAAGCGCAGGAAGAUGCGGAGGCGCAGCCCGGCCGCCCGCGGCGAGGGAUGAGCCUAGACGGGGAGAAGAUGACCGAGGAAGCCUACCCUGACGAUGACAGCUAUAUUGUGCGAGUCAAAGCUGUGGUUAUGACCCGAGAUGACUCCAGUGGGGGAUGGUUGCCGCAAGAAGGAGGCGGUCUCAGUAGAGUUGGCGUCUGCAAGGUCACGUACCCAGAGGGCAAUGGAAGAAGUGGAUUUCUAAUCCAUGGUGAAAGGCAGAAAGACAAACUGGUGGUGCUGGAGUGCUUUGUGAAGAAGGACCUGGUGUACACAAAGGCGAACCCCACCUUCCACCACUGGAAAGUCGACAACAGAAAGUUCGGGCUCACUUUUCAAAGCCCCGCCGACGCUAGAGCCUUCGACAGAGGAGUGAGGAAAGCCAUCGAGGACCUCAUUGAAGGGUCUACGACUUCCUCGUCAACGCUUCACAAUGAGGCCGAGGUUGGCGAUGAUGAUGUCUUCACUAAUGCUACAGAUAGCUCCUCUAACUCCUCUCAAAAAAGGGAACAGCCUGUGCGAACUCUGGCUUCUCCUGCAUCCUGCGAACAUCGAAGAAUUUGCACUCGUGGACACCUUCACGACCAUUAUAGCUCUGACCACUACCAUCUAGAACAAUCAGUACCGCGAUCCUACCGGCACGUCAACUUUCCAGACGAUGAUGAGGAGAUAGUACGCAUCAAUCCUCGGGAAAAGAUUUGGAUGACUGGAUACGAGGACUAUCGCCAUGCCCCAGCACGAGGAAAAAACUUUGAUCCUGAUGACAUGGACUCCUACGUACGUUUUGCCAAAAGUGAGGCCUCAAAACAUGAAUACACUUAUCCUUACGUAGACAACUCGGACUUUGACCUGGGUGAAGAUAUCAAGGGUGCUGUGAUAAAGACUCAACCUGUCAAAUUCAAGCCCAGGCGGAAGGAAGAUGGUGAGAGGUCACGGUGCGUGUACUGCAGGGACAUGUUCAACCAUGAGGAGAACAAACGGGGUCAAUGCCAGGAUGCUCCAGACCGCGUCAAGACUUGCAUCCAUCGAGUGAGCUGUAUGUGGUGCGCAGACACUAUGCUCUAUCACUGUAUGUCCGAUCCAGAAGGAGACUAUACAGAUCCUUGCUCGUGUGACACCAGUGAUGAAAUGUUUUGCCUCCGGUGGAUGGCCCUUAUCGCCUUGUCUUUCAUUGCUCCAUGUAUGUGCUGUUACUUGCCGCUUCGGGCUUGUUACCACUGUGGGGUCAUGUGCAGGUGCUGUGGUGGAAAACACAAAGCUGCUGGAUGACUACAGAUGCAUUUGAAGUGUUACAUUUUUCCUGUAGUUCAAAGAACACAUUGGUUUUGGAGCAUUGAGAUCACUCAUUUUGAUGCAGCCACUGUGCCCAACAGCAUCCAGAAACCACCAGUUCGGAUCGCUUUACAUUUGGUUGUCUGGGGCUCACACUGCAUUGAUUUGCUCAUCAAGUGUUCUAGCUAACUAACCUACAGCAUAGACUUUUGUAUUAUUAAUCUGUAAUCAAAACAGACUGUCUUGUACAUGUUUAUUUUAUUUUAUUUUUUUUCAGUUAAAAUGAGUUUGAGAAAAGAACUGCUUUAAAUGGUGGUGGAUUGUAGAACAUCUCCAGGUUGUGUCCGUCUUGCCUCCGCUUGUGCGGUACCAUCGACAUGUUAGCAAGCUUUGGCAUUUCUAGAAACAGGGUGGUGUAGUGAAUGAAAUAUCACUUGGAAGAUACUUUAACUUGCUGUCAAGUUAUUGUGUGUGUAUAGAAGGUGUGCUAGUAACAAACUUGUACCACAACACAGUAUUUCUGUCACUGGUUUUCUUUGGGGUUUUUGUUCUGUUUUCCAAAGCCAAAAUAGCCAUCUAAGCUGCAGUUUCUCUUCUAGAGUCCAUCGUCAUUUCCUUCAGCAAACAUCUUAAAUUAUUUCUCUGUUCGUAAAGCUCUGUGAACAGAAAGCAAGGCUCCGUUACCAUAGUCACAUAACCAUUGCGAAUCUGGUAGUUCUCCUUACCUGUAAUCAUUUCAGACCACUACUUGAAAGGGAAACUUAAAUUUUAGGGUUUUCUUUUUUCCCUAAAUAACAUUGGAAAAAUAAAACUGUGUUUUCAGAGUUCUGCCCAAAAGAAGGGAACUUCUUCAUUAGCUAGCCAUGUAAUGAUCUGUGAAUAAAACACUAAGGUCCCAGAUGAGGAAAAUUGUCGUUAUGCAAAGAUUUACUAACAAUGCAAUGUCAAAAGCACUAUUAUGGCAAUUCUGGGGAAAUGCUGCAUUAAGUGGUGGAUUAUAUGGAAAAUUGUAUUUGUUUGUUUAUUUUCUGCAUAAUACAUGAGCCUGAGAACAUACGUGUCCACGGUAGAAACUACAUUUAGCAAUCUAAACAAGUAUUUAAAAUCAAAAGCCAGGAUGUUAACCACCACUUCCAUUUCCUGACUUGCGGUCCCAGUCCUCCAGAUGCUUACACGUGUCUCGACGUAUUGCGUGUGCAACUGGUGUUUCUGUGAGUCUGUGUGUAGGAUUAAGCAUGUGAGUCUUUGCAGGAGCCAGACCGAAGCGUCUCCCUGGCUUUCCCCUCCCCAGUUCACCACCCAGAUUUAUCAAGUGGAUGCAUAAGGUGCAUACAGCAGGAUAAGAUUACUUUAAUUUUUUUUUUUAAUGUCAUGUUGUCUUGUGUACAAGGCUUGUAAUUAGCUUGGAAAAAGAGUAUUUUUCUAAUAUAUUACAAGGAAUAGCCAAAUAAUUUUUAUUAAAAAAAAAAUUUAGCGCAGUGAGCUCUAACUAGCAUAGUACAAUCUGAAUACUUUGAGGCAGCUAGGGAUUGGCUUGUCAAAGCUGGCACUGCUGUUCCUGCCAUAAUUUCUUUCUGCAGUAAAUUGCCAGUGGGCGCAUGUCCUUUCCCUCCCUCUAUUGCACAUUGACAUCAGUCUUAAAAGAGAGGAAUUUUUUUUUUUAAUUAAUUUGCCAAAUAAACCUAAAAGGAACGCUUGCCAUUCUUUCUUGGUGGAAUGUCCCAACGGUUCCUCUGAGAGUUAAUCACAGCUUUUUAGUCAAACAUGAAUUAAGUAUGCAAUGUGCUUAUACACUAUAGAGUUUGGUAGGCUUAAUUCGUAGCAGUUGCUGGGGAUUUUUUCGGUUGGGAAAAAAAAAGAA